GAAGAGACGGUUGUUUUGAGCGCGAAGAUUUAUAAUCUGGAAGAAAGUACACAGUCAGUUUCACAUCGAUUAGUUGCCAUUCUACACUGAAAAUUUGACCAAGUAAGAAACAUUUACAGUCCUCAUUCCUUAUUCACCGUUAUAUUUUGUUUCAUUCAUUGCAGGAUUCAAAAUUGUGUAGAAUUGUAGGUGAUCGUAUGAAAUAGCAAAUGGCGGACGUUGCAUCUCCAUUUCGAACACCGGACUUCAUCUCUCCAAAUGCACGACGAAGACGCGGGAUUGUUCUUGCAAGCACCCACACACCAACAACUCAUUUAGCAGAGAACGAUGACGCCGCCGAGAGGAGGCAGAGACGUCUUUCUAAAGCGACAUCCGUGACCCUUCAAAGUCCUGCCACACCAAGAAGUGCAAGUCGCCUUGACAGCGAGCGGUAAGCUAAGAGAACCAAAAAAAAAAGCUUAAACCCCCUCUUUUUCUUUCUUUGAAAAUCUCGAAUUCGUGAUGACUGAUCUAUUGCCAAUCAUAAUCUAGGGCAAGCUGUAGCUAUGGCAAUAAACAGGUUAAGGUUAAGUCUAUUAGGCAAAUAUUGGAAUCCUCAGGUUUUUAGGUUUUACUACUGGUACCCUUAAGUUGGGAAUUGAAAGAGUGGAGAUUCAAUUCGUUUUAAUCGGUAAGUGAUAAAACAGAGUGGAAAAACCUUGUGGAUUGUUGGUAGAAGUUCGAUUUGUGGCAUAAUAAUGUACCACCUCAAUUGGUAAAAGAUAACCCUUUAUUAUUAUUACUAUUAUCAUUAUUAUUAUUAUUAUUAUUAUUAUUAUUAUUUUAUACAUUGUGUUAUAUCGAGGGAAAACAGAGGUUUAUAGAGACCAGUUAAUUUCGCAGCUGUCCUAUUAAAACGCCCUCUCCGGCCUACAGCUGUAUUUCUUCAGAGCUACAUUAGUCAAAUACCAGUUGACUAACUUGGUCAAUGUCCUGAUCAAGUAUUGUCAUUGACUGACAUGUUGACCCAAAUUUUGUUCAGGUAUUGACCAGUGUAUUUCAUUUUCCCCAAUAAAUAUAAGCCAAACACCCACCAGUAUGUGCCUGAGAAGCCAUUAUACUGAUAGACUGUUGGUUGAAGGGCGCGAUCCAUUCAACUAAAAUUUCCGGAAAUUUUGGUCCAAAACUCAAUGGAUCGGUUCAGUCCAACCGGAAAAGUUUUGAAAAAACUGGUCCACCUUUUGAGGUGGUCCUCUUUUCCCGGUUGGACCGGUCUGAAUUUUGGUUGAAUGGAUCGCGCCCGACAUGUAUGUUUUGAAUUGACAGACAGGCUAUCAACCAAUGUAUCAACGCAAAGUCAACCGACACAUUUUGUUAAUUUUCCCCUUUCCCAUGGAAGCCACUAGUAAUAAACUAGAAUGUGCGUUAACUUAAUUCACAUGACUGUAUAUGUGCUUUAACCCUUUUAACCCUAAGAUCAAAAUUUGAAUUCUCAUUUGUUGCCCCUAUUCAUUUCCUACAGAAGUAGUGGGGAGAAGUUGGUAAAAUAUCAAACAAAUUCAUUUUGUUUGAUCAUGUCCCUAAUUCUCAUGACCACUCUGUUUGACAAAGCAUUGAUAUUACAAGGAGAAAUUUGAUGCUGAUCACUCUUGGGGAUUAAAGGGUUAAAUAAAUACAAUAUAUAAUAUUCAAUACACCAGACGCGUAAAGUUUUAGCAACUAUUUGCUUUUAGGAGCCAAACUGGAGGAACCAAUGGUUUAACAAAUGGCCAGUUGAAAGACCUGUAUUCCAAUUGUAUCAAAUUAUCAACUGAAAAUGUAAGUUAAUAAAAAUAAACACUGUUAUUAAUAUUGCACAGUUCCAUCAAAAGCACGUGGAGGUGAGGCAGCCAAGUGGUUCACACCUUGAACUACAUCUCCAUAGAUCCGGUUUCAAACCUUGCUUUUACAUUGUCUCAACAACUUUGCUCCAUUUUGUCUGGAUCACAAUGGUGCAUAAUUAAAUCCGGACAAAUUACUCCUGGGGAAGGGGGUGCUGAGUAACCUUGUUAAGUCAUAGCAUCCUGUCUAGAGUAGAGUGGCAGUACUCCAUGGUGCUUCAUACUACUUAAAGUGGGUUAAGUUCUGGCACUUUGGAGUGUGUUUGCUAUCCUUUAAGGUGAUUCCCUAGUAAAAGAACCUAACAUAGAUUUUAGAUGAAACUUGGUACACUGAUGUAACAAGUCAAGAAGAUGAUAAAAAAGUAAUAAAAAGUGGGGGUCACCGUGCUUGUUUUGAUGUCACAAUGCUGACAAAUACGGCUAUUUUGGACCCUUUGACAAAAACCGCGCGCAGCCCAAAACUAGACAAAAAGGAAAGAUUUUUUCAAUGAUGCAUGUGUUAUCGCACAGAAUUUGACUUUAAUGUGUUGUUUAUCCACUUACGUACCAUAAAAAUGCCUUUUAAUGCCCUUGUCUUUACUUUACGCUCCAAAGAAGAAUUAAAUUGGACACGCACUAUUUGACACGUGAUAGCUCAAUCCGUACAAUUUAGUAAAAUUGCCAAAAAACUGAACAUAGAUUUGUGCCAAUUUUUUUCUCACCGAAAGGAAGCACUGUCCUUAUUAAAAUCAUGAAAUACAAAAUGGGGGUCACCGUACUCGUUUUUGCGGUAGAGCUGCAGAAAGAGCGCACCAAAUGCAUUUUCCUUGAUUUUUGAGAGAGGACUGGGGCAAGUUUCAAAAUAGAAUGUAUGUGAAAGGGAGAAGAAAGUAUUAAAAAAUCUGUUUUUACAGAAUUUCCAUCGAGAUAUCUCAUUUAGGACACAAGGUGAUAAAGAAAGAGUUUAAAUGAAAAUCAAAGUGAAUAAGCACAAAUUAAACAUCCACUAUCGAGGUUCUCCCUGAGGAAGUCGAACUCAGCAACACGCGUACUGCUUACGUUAUGCACAUUCCCACCACAUUGAGUCUCACCUCGGCAAGAAACAACCGCAAGCAAAAAUUGCAAUAGCGUUUCUCUUCGGUCAACUUCAUUUUAAUAAUGUUACUUCACAUGCUCUUUUUUACGGAGGCCAUCUUGUUAUGCGCAGUAAGAGAUGCGCAAUGCAAAACCAGGGAAUCACCUUAAAUGUGGCUAUGAAAUUUAGGCUAAGUUAAGAGAGAGAAAUUAUGCAGGGGUGCCCUGAUUGCUUCAUAGGGGUUUAUGCAUAUUACCGAACUGUUGCUUGUCAUGGCUUCUGCUUAUAAAGUGUUUUUCUUCUCCUUACCCUGCCCUCCCCCAUGUUAAGAAUGUCAGUUUCUACUGGUCAGCAGUGUGACAGUGCUGGGGUGGAUGACACUCACAGGGUUGUCAUGGUUACCCAUUCCACUUGUCUGCAGUUCCAUGCACCACCAGCUUCUCCAGCACCUCCCCCAUGCUGUUUAUUUUUUAAAAACAAAUGCAAGUAAAAGUGCAAGUUGAAACAGAAUGAUAAUAUUCAAAAAAUAAGGUUGUUAAAAAUUACUCUCUCAUCUUUGUAGAAAAUCAAUGCAAAGAAUGCUUUUGGCCUACACCUGAUUGACUACAUGCAAGACUUAAUCAAGACUGUCAAGGAAGGAGACAUGACAAACUUUCAGGUACUAAUAUAGCACUUCUUUAAACACUUAAUUUACAUUUUAUUUACUUUACAUGUCUGUUUUAAAUGAAGUUGAAAUUAAAAAUGCCCAUUCAUCAAACUCUACUUGUUAUUCACCCAACUGAAGCUGUCAGUAAUUUUUCAUGUACAGUCGACUCCCGAUAAUUCGAACCUUCAAGGGAAUAGAAAAAGUUUGAGUUAUGGGGAGUUCGAGUUAUCGAGGGUAAAAUUAUAUAGAAGAUGAUCUGAAGGGAAAUGAAAAUUGCGUCAAGUUAGCGGGAGGUUCAAGUUAUAGAGGGUUCUAGUUAACGGGAGUCAACUGUAUUUCAGUUAUUUACCAACUCUUCAGUUGUUCAGUUGCAAUGUUAUAUCAAGUGAUUAUUACUAUAAUUUUUCUUUCUCUCAUGAGGCAUCUAAUGAAAGAAGUAUCAUGAAAAAAAUGGCCCAUGGUUGGCAGCAUAUUGAGUACUCUAAGCAACUUUCCUGUUAUCAAAAUUGUGUUACGUUUCUGUUCCCAUUUCCACAGGUUGCAAGUUGCACAUUGGAUGCAAGUGCUAAAAUCUAUGCUGGUCGAGUUGAUUCCAUCCAUGCACAAGCCUACAAAAUGUUAGGAGGUUUAGGAAGAGCUGAGAAUCAAGGUUCUAUUACAUGGAAAUAUAUUCUUUUGUAAAAUAUAUGGCAUAAGUAACAUAACUAACCACUCAAAGGUAAAAUGAGAGAUCUUAGUUAAGAUAAUGCUUUAAGCAGGUUCAUAAGAAUUGCACCUGACUGGUAAAACCUUUAAAAGCCCCAAAAAGAUUGACCGCAGGAAAAUUCCUUCUUUUGAUUUAAAUCUUGUUUGGUUAUAUACAUGUUCAGUAGUUUUCAGAAAAUAACGUGUUCUUGUUUUGUGGUUGUGGUUGUUAUUGUUUUUUUGUUUUUUGCUUUGGUAUAUCAUUCUUUAUCUCAAUGAUAUCUCAGAUGGUAUCAAAUACGAAAGGUUUUUUUCUUUCAAGAUGGAGAUGAGAAUGCCGUUGAAGGAAAUGGAGAAGAACAACAAGGACCUCAGAAAACAAAGAAGGUACGAUACAAUAAUUCUCUUAUAUAUGGGACAGUUAAACUUAUUGUGUGUAUUAUUUACAGUUUCCUUGAAAUGUAAUUGACAGGGGUGCUUCGAAUAGUGUUCAAUGGCAUUAAGACUAGUGAUUCCUACUCUUAUUUUGAUUUUUCCCAUUCAUUCCCAAUUAUGUACAAGUCAGUUUGUACUUGGAGAAUCUAGCAGUUGAUUUGAAAUCACCUAGGGCUUUAUUCUAGGUCACACUUUAGUUAGUUAGUUAGGCUCUACAAGCAUAAUAAUAAAGCUGAACUAAAGAGAAACUGUUGAAAUUGUGUUUUUUCUUUUGGUCUGAUACUUGUUGAAAGUCAAGAAAGUAUUCUUAUUGGUAACUUUGGCUUCAUUAUGAUAUUCAAUUUAAUCAUAGCACUCAAAAAAAAAAUCCAGCACAUCCUGUGGGUAAGCAGCUCUCACGUUUUGUUUGCCCAGGGCAUUAACAACUUGCUUCUUUUAGCUGAUGAUUAAUUUUAUUUGGAGGGUGACUUUCCUGGACCCUUCUCCAUCACCGAAAGUGACCUUUAACAGUUACUCGCCAAAGCAAGAAAAAACCACUCAUUCUGGACGAUCAGACAGGAACUUUUUUCGAGCCUUGUAAUCAUGACUGCAUUUUAUACUUAAUCUCGUUCUCAAGGCUCGUUUGGAUUGAAUUGAAGUGAUAUGUUUUUUUUUAAGGCUGCCAAUCAUAAGCCAGGAAAUACCAUAGAGACAAAUCUUAAGAACCUUAAUGUCAACCAGUUUGACUUGGCUUUUGAGGUAAGUGGUUAGCUUGUGAUAUUGACUAUCAAAUUUUGAAUUAAUUAUUGGAAGCAGGGUUUACAAAGGGUUUUGAUUUCUUGAAAUUUACGGAAAAAAAUGGCAAAAAGUCUGGAGGAUUUUUUCCUUCAAACCUGCAACAAGAGUAUUAUUGGUUUAAGUAAAUUUUUUUUUCCAGAAACUAGUCAAUCACUGCGUCUUGUGAGUCUGGCCUGGCCCAUGCCGUUUUCCACAUCCUAAUACUUCAGUAAACAUUUAAGUUGUUAAUUCAGGGCUCAGAGAAACUUGAAUUCCAGCUUGCCCUUUUGGCAAGCAGCUCUCAUAUUUUGCUUGCUUGGGGCCACUUCUUGCUCAUCUUUAUAGUUAAUGAUUUGGUGAGAAGAUGACAAGCUUCAACCUUUGCCCAUUGGGCAAGUGAGCUUUUAAAGUUACUUGCCCCCCAGGAAAAUCUACUGGUCCCUGACUACAGGACACAACUUUUUUUGAGUCCUUUAAUUGCAUACAUGUAUCAUCCAUGGGCAAUGGGUAUACACUGAAUCAGUAACUUAUUCUGAACAAGUACAGAAAUGUUAAUUUUCACACUGAUGAUGUGUCGCUCGCUACCCAGGUCUGGGUGCCUAUGAUUGGUGCAAGGGAAAUUUGCUUCAACCAAUCAGAAGCACUACCCAGAUCUUGGUAGUGACAUGUCAUCAGCAUGGAAUUUCUGUAGUCGUUUCUUAGACUACAUUUCACAGAGAAACCAGUGGUAGCGUCACAAAAUAUCAGUAUUUUCUCAGGCUAUGCCAGAUGUUUUCUGUUCUAUUCCUCCAUAAUAAUAGGUUGAUCCAUUGUUCCACAAGACAUCAGCUGCCUUUGAUGAGGGAGGCACAGGCGGUCUCCUCCUGAAUCAUCUGUUUGUCCGUGAUGACAGCUGUGAGCUCCUUCUCGACUCUGCAUCAGUUACCAUGGCAACAAGGGAUGUGUCAUCGGAAGGGCAAACAACACAAGAUAACAGUAUGGUGGACCUGUCUGAACUCCGAGGUGAAACACAUUGAUAAUUAUAACAUUUUGAAUUGCACCAUGACUAGUUUUCUUUUACUUGUACCCUCUUAUCAUAAGAAGCUCCACAAAAUGUUCCAUCCCUGGGAAAACAUUGGUGGACAGCCAUUAUAUGGCCAAAAACUAUUUUUCUUUAGUUUUGAUCUCUGGAUCUCUAGCCUGUUCCCGGCAUUCAGAUAGCAGAGCGUGGACGAAAAAUUGCAAGAGAAAAAAAAAUGAGGGGUUUUCUUUUUGUGCUUGCCACGUACAAUUUAACUUGCUCCCCACCAUCUGAACACCCGGAACAGGCUUCUGGAUCUCCUAGUAAUGAACCAGUCACCCUUUUUUAGUAUCAAAAGAGGCAGAAAUUCCAAAAAUAAUGUGAAUGUGUGACAGACUGUUCAGUCAGGCAAAAUGAAAAAUGUAUUUUGUAACUAUUUUCUUGCAGAUGUUUACAGACGUGUAAACUUUGAAGGACUGCAGAUCUGUCCACAUUUUGCUGAUUUUGAAUUUACAAACUGGACAAGAAAUGGCGAGGUACCAUACUGCCAGUUAAGAUGAUGAUGAUGAUGAGUAUUAUUAUUAUUAUUAUUAUUUCAGAGAAUUCCCAGCAAAAGAAUGGGGCAAUUGUUAGGAGACUCUACCUUCCAUCUCAAAGUUAAUGUAACGCCCAUGUUAAUGGUUAUUUUUGUUGUAUUUAGAGAUAAAAAAAGCCUAUAGCUGCCUGGGUGAAAGGAAUUAGGUGUUUUUAUUUUGUAAUUUUGACAACAAUUGCCGCAAAUUGUCUAUAUGUUUUAGGCAAUGAUUUUUGCAGAUCUAUUCACCAUGUUAAUGACAACUUCCUUUAUAUAUCUCUUGGUAGAAGUGAUGAUAAUUUAUUGUAUUAAACUUUUGCAUAUAUAUAUACUGCUGUUGUGAAAUCUCUACAGGUCAAUACUAACUACAGCAGAAUGAUGGCAGAAAUGGAAACUAAUGAACAUGCUUUUGACAUCAAUGCACCAGGUGAGAUACUUUGCCCCUUUAUCACUUUACGUUAGGAGAGUGAGAAGAAGUUCUCAGACCAAGCCUCACCAAAUAAGCCUCUGUAUGGUUUACCUGUUGAUGUCGAUUUUGUUAUGCAUUUUCCAUCAAAUUGUUGGGUCUUCAGGCAAAAUCAUCAGAUAUUUUAAGGAUUGUUUUAAUUGCUAGCACUACUAGCGAGCACAGCGCAACCACAAUAACAAUGAAAUGAGAAAAUAAGCAAAAUAAAAACUCUGAAGUGCAGCACACUUUUUGGUAGGUUUCUUUGCCCUCAUUGCAUGACUGGCGAUGUCAAACAUGAUUGAAAUGGCAUUGCAAUCAUCGCGACUUUGAUUUAGUCAGGAAUACCCAUACAGAGGCUCACCUAUCAUAGGCCUAUAGAUUAGCACACAGAAAAUAUGAAGUUUCUUGUGGACCUGCACUUUCAUUCUGAAGCACUUGAUGUCAUGUGUAGUGCACCAUCUGGGAAAACCCUUUAAAAAAGAGUCUGAAGCAUGAAAGUUAAUUACUAGCUAAUGCUUUUUUUCCUUUAAAAAAUGUUGAUUUUGGCCCUCUUAUUUCCUUGACGUUAACAAAAACAGGUUCUCAGAACUUUUGAAAAAAAAAAAAAAACAGUUAUGAGUUAAAAUUAUAUUAGUUUUAGACUGAACUGCUAUGAUAGUGUAGCUGAUUUUAAUAUGGAAACUAGCUCCCCUGUUUUGCUAUCAAAUUCUACAGCUACUGAGCCAGAAUGUGAUUACUCAGAAACAAUGGGAGAUGACUAUGGUGAUGACGACUUGCCUGACAUGGGAGAUGUAAGUAUCCAAAUUGUCAUCUGUUAUCAGUAGACAAGAUUGGAGGGAAAUCAUUAUGCUGCCUGUAUGAUUUGCUGAAUUUAAUUUAUAGAUCUAAAUGUGAUUGAAGGAUUAGGGUUUAAAUUAUUGCUAGACCUUUUGUCACUCCAGGAGAACACCUGCAAAUUAAACCUUGUGACUUUAGAGGUUGACCUUCAGUAAGUAGCAGUUUUGUCGUUUGAAGGUCAAGUACAGCUCUAGAAGGCUGUGCAGUAUAUCAUACUAUUGUGUGAAAAUUAGCCCUGAUUAUCAAAUCUAAAGAAUUUGAACUUUGAGUGUGAUCAAGCUAACAGGAUACUUCUGUAUUUUUAAAGCUGAUCGAGAAAAAGUAACUCAAAGAUUCUCUUCCACUCUCCAAUAGCUAUCUAUUGUCUUUUCUCUUUUUUGCUGUAAGAUUUUCUUAUGUCUUCAGUACAUGAUUUUUUUUGUUUGUUUUGUUUUACAGGAUGUUGAAUAUGGAAGAGAUGGCUGUGAAAAUGUUUUUCACAAUCCUAUAUGCCAUGCAUCACUUGCUUUUACAGAUGGUCAAGAAGCUAGAAUGGUUCCUUCCCAGGAUGCAAGGUGUGCAUAAGCCUUAGAUGAAAAUGUCAAUAUUUUUAACAGUUAUUAGACGUUUUAAGUUAUUACUUGAAUUCUCCUUUCUUAAGUAAAUAAGCUCUGAUCACAGGCAGGGCUGUACCAUAGGAUCGACCAGUGGCCAUGGUGCCUUACUUUUGCAGGGUUUGCAAAGUCUUGAAAAGUCCUUGAAUUGUACAUUGGGGAAGACCUUGAAAAGUCCUUAAUUAUCAAUUUAAGACAAGUGUACUAUAAAGUGUAGAGAAGUUGGUGGAGCAAACAGUUCAAAGUUUAAAGUCCUGUUCAAAUGGACUGGGAAUGUGCUUUUUUGUACAAUCUGUGAAAUUACGUUCCUGGUAGGUGGUGCUUGAAAAUCUAAUGUGGUUCCUUGAAAAGUCCUUAAGAGUUGAAUGCAAUUUUUUGUAUGAACCCUGUUUUGCUCCCGGGCGACUUGAAUAUGUUAAGUUUGUUUUUUUCAUAGAAACCACCUUCUGCUCAGAGGACGCCGGUACAUUAUUAUCUCAUCUUUGAUCUAAGUGCCACAGGGCAUGCAACAAAUCAAAGUUGUAUGUGAUUCUGCUAAGAGCAUCGUACAUACCGUACUUAUUCAAUGCUCUUACAAAUUAUUAAUCUUUAAAAUUAAGAAAUAUAAGAAUUAAACAUGAUAGUAAUAAUCCGGUUACAUCUUUAAAAAAACUACAGUAAAUUUAUUUCAUUAACCAUUGGUCUGAAAUAUGGAAAAGAAAACCAUCAUUAGUAUCACUACACGCGGCCAAAUGACAAACUGCCCUCUCUAAAACGCUUCUUUUCGCGGGCCAAAUGGCAAAGUGCACGCUGUACAUGGAAUUUGAAGCCCCCAACAUGAUUUCAUGUUAACAAUCUUUCCUUAUGAAAUAAAUUUGUAUGAUUUGGCCUUGUGUGUUUAUAAUAAUGAUACCCCGAUCGGGCGCAAAUGAUGCUACUCGGGCCACAAAUAAACUAUAUGCCCUCCAAAAGUCGUGUGAUUGCCCUAUCAACCAUCGCCAUCUGGAAGCAAAGGGCUGAAGAACUGUUCUGUUCACUAGUUUACCAGCUCCAAUUUAUUUUAUUUUUCUUUUUGCUCGCAGAAUUACUCUAGGUUCUGCAGCCACCACGGCUGGUAGCCUAUGCCUGGAGCUGUCUUCUCAGCCAAGCGAUUACUCGUACUUCAAAUCUGACUUCAUGUCAACUUGGGCCGGACCUCAACACUGGAGACUCCGCUCCAAGUUCUCUAAAGGUACUUACGCAUUACUACGGUCGCCAACCCCAGUGUGCGGUAUAUUGAGGUUCGGCGGUGAAGUAACCGUAUUUGAAUCCGUUUUUAUCUGCGUCUUAAGGUGAUGUUACACUGGACGAUUCGCAACGACGAUUUUUACUGCAACACAGCGUUGUAAUGUUGGAACAAUGUUUUAACCAUUCGAAAAAAAUGUCGCAACAAUGUUGCAACGCUGUGUUGCGCUAAAAAUGGUCGUUGCGAAUCAUCUCGUGUAACAUCACCUUUAGUCUUCCUAGCCUGCGUAGCAGGCGCUAGGAAUAAGUGGGCGAAAUAAAGAAGAAACGCGCGCGCCUUCCUCGGGCGCGUUUUUUCUUUAUUUCGCCCAUUUAUUCCUAGCGCCUGCUACGCAGGCUAGUCUUCCCGGCUGUCAGAGCCCAACUUGGCAUUUUGGAUACCUUUUUGGUACUUAAUUUCGCGUUUUUCGCGAUUGGAAACAAAACGCGAAAAUAAAGACCCGCAAAAAUAAAUCCUCACGAGAUUUAAGCGCGCGAAAUUAAAUACUCAGAUAGAAAAUUUAAAUCAUAUAAAAAAAAAUAUUAAGUUGAAAUAGCAACAUCAUAUACAAGAUAUGUAUGGACAAUAUAACUUGUUAACUGGUUAGACUGGUUUACUUCACUUUGAAGAUACAAAACGGAAGUAGGUAAAAUUUGUAAAGCUUUCACACGUUGCUUUUCCAGUUUAACUAGAAAUUUGAAAACUUUGAAACUUUUUUUACAAACAAAAUGAAGUUGAGAAAGCUUAAAUCGCGAAUUUUAAUGCCCUUUUCUCAUAUUUGCGUGUGGAAAUCGCGGAAAUAAAACCCCGCGAAAUACUCUCUCGCCCAAAUCGCCAAAUUAAAUACCCGCGAAAUUAAGUACCAUUAAGGUAAUGCCUUACGGGAGGUUCGACCUAUGAAAAUCAGUGUAACGGCAAAUAACCACACUGAACUUUCCUUUCCAAGUCUAAAUAUUGACCUAUCGCUUUUUUUUCUCAUUAAUACACAACUUAGGAUUGGCAAACUCUAUAUCAACGGCUGACCAGCAAAACAAGAAAAAGCGAGCCAGAAAGGAGCCGUUUACCAUCAAGUUUGACAGUGAAGUAGACUUCACGACCAACUUUUCAAAAGGAAGGGUAUGUUCCCAGAUUUUUUGCACCUUCGAAAGAGGCUUUAUAAUAGCACUCUUCGUGCGUACACGGAGGAGUUAGAAGCUUUUUGACCACUGUUUUUCCCUGCCAUGAUCUUCAGGAAUAGUGUCAAGUGCAAAAAUAGACCUAAAUGGUAACAGUCCAGAGUAUGCAGGCUUUCCUCAUUUUUGUACACCUUCGUUCUACGGAAGCAAGUUUCCAAAGUGAUGCAGUAGUGUGCAGCAGGAUAAAUAUUGUUCAGCAAAUGCUCCGCAACUAGUGAGACGACGGCGAAGGCAAUGAGAACGGCAAAAAAGCAAUAGGUUUAGAUUAGCAAAACAACAACUGUGCACGUGCAUCACGCUGUUUUGCACAUUUCUUUGCUGUCGUUGCACGACCGCGACGUGAGACUGCCUAAUUUCACGUUUUAUGUAGAACGUGAACUGAAGAAUAUUUUCAUUUUGUUCUUCUAAACUCAGAAAAAGACCUUUAGAAUUUAACUCCAGAAAAGUUCGUCAACAUGUGACAAAUUGAGAGCGGUGAAGUUUGAAACAACGCAAAUGCUGCACUUUUUGAGUGACGUUUUCGUAGCCGUCGUCGUCGUGGCUGCUGCUUCGCUUAAGCUCCCAAUUUUAAAAGGGGUCUGAGUGUCGAGUAAUGCUAAGAUGAUAAUGAGACGGAUUUUAAACGAGUUUAAAAGUCUUUUUCUCAUUGUUGUAUCCAGGAUAUCAUUGUUUAGGAACAAGGGUUAACAGAGUCUGUUGGUGCGCGGCCUUCAGUGACCCUAAAUCCUUGCUAGACUUCUUCCCUUCCGUGUAGCUUUAAGUAGUUUUAAACUGACCCGUGAAACGGAGCACUGAUGAAGAGAGGAGGGUAAAUGAGCGUACCAGACUCUCAAUUCAAGUGAAUUCAUUUUCCAGAAUUGGAACUAAAAUAUGGAAUGAAUUGCCGGAAACUUUAAGAAAACUUUCAAAAAAUGCCUUUAAUAGGAAAAUAAAACAAACACGUUUUGAGAUCCUAGCUUCAGAAGACUGUUAUAUUGAUCUCCCAAUAGUAAUAGUAUUCCAUUAGUUUAUCAGUAGUUUCUGGUCAUUGUUGCCAAUUUUAGUUUCUUUGGUUCUCUUGUUACUUUUAGUUGUAUUUUAAUAGUUGUAUUUAUUUCCUGUAAACAUAACCCGCCUAGAUUAGCUUUACUUCCCGCAGGCAUGUUAUAAUUGUACUUUUACCUUGAAACACAAAAAAUGUAUGUGUGUAUGUGCCGUUUGCUUCGUCAGUCUAAUGGGUACUGUUACGAGUUACCGACGUAAAAUGAAGACCCUUUACCUUUUUGAACUGCCUUUUAUUGUUGUAUUUUUUUUUCUGCCAGGCUGCUACGACCUUGUCGAAAUCUACUCUUGCAAAGUACACAGCAGACAAGACCACGUUACCCGAAGACCUUCAUUACGAUGCGGAUAAGCUUUUUAGACUGUUUAUCAAACCAAAAAUCAUGGUGAGUGGAUUAUUAACUAAUGUGAGGCUGUGCCAGAUAAUCAAAGGGGCACAGAUUUAAUAGGGGCAAAGUGCCACUGUCACGUCCCGGACAUGCGCAUUGAGUUUAUCGCUUGCGGUCCGCCAUUUUAGAUUUUUAAAGUCUGAGGAAAAAUUAUCUGCGCGCUGUCUAUUUUCCUUGUAACAAUCAUGUGCUAAUUGUAGACAUUGUACCCCGUUCAGUUAGUGAAAGUUUUCCAUACGUUCAGAUACGAUUUUAUUACUAAAAAAAACAGUUAUUGUAGCAAAAUAGCGUGACGUGUUUGAUUUUGAUGUGUCCGUCAUCCUCACCGUGUUUGACCCUUGAACUGCAGCCCUUUAUUUAAGUUUUCAGCCGCUACACACCGGUUUCACUUCUUUGGCUUUUUUGCUGCAGUCACUGUUCCCACCCUUCUUCUUCUUUGUCUGCUUUAGUCUUUAUAUCAAUAACACAUGUGUCCGUGAUGUUUUUCUUUCUGAGAGCUCGCUUAAUGGACACCAUGGCAAUGGGGCAUGCCCCGUGGUGUCCGUAUUAACCCUCUUUCACUGUAUAUUAAACGCAGCUUUGUCACAAGUUGCCUCCGAUUCUCAUGUUAUUAAAAGAUGCGAAAUUUAAGUUACUUUUUACUAUAGUCACAAAUUGCUAAUACUGCAAAUAAUCAAUCUGACGCCCCCUCUAACGCCUCUUGUCUAGACUAACAAACGCCUCCCUUGUCGUUUUAAGCUUGCAUUAGACUAAUUAGUAAAAUCCAACCAGUGGUCUAUUAUCAAUGCUGCGUUAUGAUUGGCUGAGCUACUACUAGGCUAUAUGUUAUAGCCCACUAGUAGUGAAAAGCGCCGGCUUUUUUGGCGGCAAAAAAGGAUUAAAGUCGAGCUUUAACUAGGUAAGGUAGUUUUGUCUCGAUAUUUUUGACCAACUAGAUGGAUUUUACUUAAAACAAUUAUUGCUCUUGCCCUCAUGGUCUCUGAGUCAAUAGCCCAUUCGGCCUACGGCCUCAUGAACCAAGAACGAGAAGUCUAAACACUACUGCCAAGCUGAUUCAGAAAAACGUAUAUUGUUUUUUCUUAACAAUAUUUCGGCUGGCCAUACCAGCCUUCUUCAGGUUUACAGAUGUUACUGAACUUAUGUAAGAAUCACAAUAUUAUAUAGAUGGAGAAUGUCGCAAUGAAAAUUGUUUAAAAGGGAGAGGCGGAAAUGACGUACAACACAAAAACUGGAAAGGAAAAAUACUAAGGAUAUGGAUUACAAUAAUUCGUCACGACGGUUUAGGCCAUGAGGUUCAAGAAUCAUGGCCUUAUCUAUCAAAUUCGACUCCCUGGCCUUACGAACUAAGUGACGUGAAGAAUGAAUUUUCUCUAAUGGGAUUAACUGCAUGUCAGUAUGAGAAUAGUUUAGAGUGAGAGAGAAAGUGUUCAGAAACAGUAGUGGGUUUAAGUUAAAUGUUAGUUUUGGCGACUGCACGUCUGUGUUCGUUAAAUCUGUCCUUGAGACGUCGCUUAGUUUCACCUAUAUAUUAAAUUACAACGGUUACAUUGAACCAUGUAGAUAACAUUUUUAGUGUUACAAGUAAUGUGUGAAGUGAUGGAGCGUGUUUCACCUGUAGCGUAAAAGGUAUAACUUGUGAGGCCGUUAGUAAUGUAUGGACAAGUGGCACCAUUCUGUCCACAGCGGACGGCCUCAUGGGCUAUUGACUCAGAGCCCAUUCGGGCUCGAGGAAUAAUUGUUAAAUACUAAAUAGUCUUAUAGACGCCCCCAUGACAAUUACUCAAAACACUACUCUAGGAAAUAGCGAAAAGGAGCAAAAUCAUUCAAUUCAGUCAGUUUCUCGCUUGAUGUUGAGAGAGAGCCAUAUGAUCUCUGAGCGGCCUAGACGUGCCAAUGGCUGGACAAGAUAUUGGAGAGAUUAAGUUUCACGUUUACGGCAAACGUCAGAUUCAAGUUGACAAUAUCUCAAAGUAGAAAAUUAACAGAUAAAAACAGCUGAAAACAGUUGUUAUGGAUAAAAAAAAAAAUUGCGUGAAACCACUAAUUUAUGUGUAAAAAUAAUGAACAGUAAACGACAAGUAAAGGAGAAACUUGGUCACGUGGUACAAAUUCGCCUUUGCCGUUGUGACGUAAACGUGAUGCUUAAUUAUAACCUCGCUAUUUUGCUUUUUAAACCCUAUAUUGAUAUUAUCUCCGAAAACAUAUUAGUUUUGUUGAGAAAUUAAAUAAACUCCCCUGGCGGCUAUUAGAUCAUUUUAAAGGUUUUCAAAACUGAAGCUUUUUUAUUGAUGUGGAAGUUUAUGUUUUAAAUGACCUGUUUCGCUUUUUCGUUUAUAAUACAUAGGGUGUAAUGUUAAAGUUUGUCGUAGAUUAAUUAUUAAGAGUCUAUUGAUUUCGACACGGUUUUGUACAACUUGAAAAAAAGGGGGGAAAUGGGCAAAGGAAAAUCAUGCUGGAUAAAAUCCUGUAAUGCUAAAGGUGAUUUUUAGCACAACACAGUGCUGCAAUAUUGGAACAAUGUUGUAAACAUUCGAAACAAUGUCCGGCGCAAUAAUGUUGCAACGCUGUGUUGCGCUGAAAAUCGUCGUUGCGAAUCGUCUCGUGUAACAUCACCUUUAGCAUUGCACGAUUUAUUUUUUGUUUACAAGUUUAUUAACCAGAGCUUUGCUUUUAGCCCUGGCUAAAUCUAUAUAUUUUCACAUCGCGCGGAAUGCCUAUUGUUCUAGGGACAUUAACAUCCAGUUCAACAAAUCUCGUAGAUCUGUCAUAUUACGCGCAAUCAUGCAGAGACUCUAUGAAAGCGCUUUAAGGUGGCCCGAACCUAUUUAUUUGCGCGUUGGUUAUGUUUUUGAAUCGGGUUUUUCGGCAGGAAUGAUUUGACCUAUUUCUAUGAUUUUUGGCAUCCUUAAUAAAGUAUGGUCGAACUUUAAGAAAAUGCUAUUGACUUUCUUCUAGGUAUAAAAACGUUUGAAAUAUCGGCAUUUGUUUAAAACCGCACUUUUACAAAAAAUGUCAAUAAUUUCAAAACCCUAAGACAGAUUUUUCUCUAACUUCGGCAAAUAAGCCUCAGAGCUCUCUAGUUUUAUAUUUGCAAGUUUGAAGUCAAUCGUGACCGUAGAAGUCGCUGCACAAAUAGCUGGUCAAAUUUAACCUUAAAAUGCAACGCUAACACAUUUGUGAAAGUUGACACACAAACCCAGAGGACAACUGCCGACAGACUAUCUGCUAUCUGCAAGGGUAUUCUUAGUCUGCUACACAGCCGUUUUUAGUGUCGUCACGCAACGCUCCUGCCCACUAACUAUUAGUGGGAAGGAACGUUGAGUGACGACACUAAAAACGGCUGUGUAGCAGACUAGGGUAUUCUUCCCCAAAGCGUCAUUUGCAAGAAAUUGAGUGAUCAGAAACCUACGGCGAAUACAGUUUGCAAUAUAAGAAGGACAACUUUAUGCUGAAUGCAGGGCAAGAUUAAUAACUUCUAUUUAUCAAAGUUGCUGUGUAUUUUCCCUUCUCGUUUCGCAAAAAACCUCAACAAAGCACGAUGUAACAUCCACGGAAAUCUCCUACCAGUUUUCAUCACUAAAGACUCCUGUCUUGCUGAGAAAUAAAGCCACCAACUCCAGUUUCAACAGAUCAAUUUUCAGCUGCAACGAAAACCCUUGUAUUAGGUAAUUUAUUCAAGUUUGAAAGAUUUGCCAUCACAUUCGCAUGCGCAUUUUGCCAUUGGGGAUAAUGAAAAGAAUAAGACGAUUGUCAUAUUUUCUUCAUCUUUAUCCCCAAGUGGGAAACUUCCCGUGCGAAUGUGAUGUCAAGUCUAAAAACCUUGAAUAAAUUACCAAGCACAAAGACUUGCAGUGCAGCUGAAAUAUGGACGGUUAGAAGUACUGGAGUUGGUGGCUUUAUUUCUCCUCGAAACGGAAACUUGCGACGCCAAAAACUCUUGAGAGUUUUUCGUAGAUAAUGUAAUUGGCCUUGUUAAGAUAGGUUUCGAAAAGAGAGGGACAAAUACAAAGUGAGUUUGAUAAAUAGAAACUCUUUUAUCUUGCCCCGCAUUCAGCAUAAAGUUGUUCACAAAUGUGUUAGCGUAGCAUUUAAGGUUAAAUUUGACCAGCAUUUUGUGCAGCGAGUUCUACGGUCACGAUUGCCUUCAAACUUGCAGAUGUAAAACUAGAGAGCUCUGAGGCUUAUUUGCUGAAGAUAGGGAAAAAUCUGUCGUGGGAUUUCGAAGUUAUUUACAGUUUUCGUAAAAAUGCGGUUUUAAACAUAUGCAGAUAUUUCAAAGGUUUUAAUACCUACAAGAAAACAAAUAACCUUUUCUUAACGUUCCAUUAUUCUUUAUUAAGGAUGCCAAAACUCAUAGAAAUCGUUUGAAUCUUUUAUUCUGAAAAACGCAAAUCAAAAACAUAACCAACACGCAUAUAAAUAGGUUCGGGCCACCUUAACCAUUGGUUGCCAAGAAUGGACGAAGAUGUUCAUUUUAAUGGCAAACUAAGCAAUGAUUUGUCAUUUCAGUACGUUAUUGUUUUUUUUGUGUGUGUGUCCGUGACAUUUUUUCUGAGAGCUUGCUUAACGGACACCAUGACAUACUCGUUGGUGUCCGUUGAUUAACCUUUUUCCACUGUAUGUUAAACGCAGCUUUGUCAGAAGUUACCACCGAUUCUCAUGUUAUUAAAAGAUGCGAAAUUUUAAUUACUAUUUACCAUAGUCACAAAAUGCUGACAGUAUCGUAAAUAAUUAAAUUGACGCCCCCCUCUAACGCCUCUUGUGUAAUAAACGCCCCUCUCUGAGCAUACGUGUCAUCUAAUGAAAAAAGCCUUAAACAGAUCCCUUAAACAUCUGUUUUAGAAGCAGCAGGGUAGAGUCCAACUGUCUGUUUUAACGAGACCUUAUAUCAACAAUUCUAAAGAUUUGUAAACAUGUAUCAGCAGAGAUGAAAUGCUCUAGACUAAACAUUGAUAGAAAAAAAUGAGCAGGAGUUUCGCCGAGAGUUUUAAUACCUGAUAAUAUACGCCUGUGAGUUUUUUUGAACGCCUUCAAAAGCUCUGAUAUAUAUCAACUCUUUCUAAUAUUUAGAUUUGGGGUUCUUUUGUGUAAAACAUUGGACGUAAAUUUUAUCUGUGUCUUAGCAAAUGUAAAGACACUCAUUAGACAUUAGGACGGAAUCCAUCAGGAAAUUGAGUAAUUUUAAUUUUAAGUGGACAAAAACCUUUUACCAGAAUCAUUUAAACAAUAUCGCAUUUUUUUUUUACAUUUUUCAAGGCCUACAAAUACAAUGAGUUAUCUGCAAUAACACCAAAGACAAUUUGUCACGAGAGACCGAGAAAAUAAAUUUCAAAUUUCACAAGAAUUGUGAAAACACAGGUAAAAUUCUGAAAAUUUCAUUUGUAAGAUGUCAUUUUGUGAAUUUUGACAUUUAUUUUCUCGGGCCCAUAAGAAGUUUUCUUUGGUGUUAUUGCAGAUAACUAAUUACAUAUAUAGCCUUUGAAAAAUGUAAAAAAGAACGCAAUAUGCUUUAAAUUAUUCUGGUACAAGGUUUAAAAUUACUCAAUUUUCUGAUGGAUUCCGUCUUAAUUUCUCUUGUUUUUUUCUCAAUGAAUUUUUAAUGACUUUUUGAAGAUCGGUCCAUAUUUUCUCUCAGUAUCAUUUUUUUUUAAUUUGGUGAUUUUAGAUAGCGCAGCCCAUUUCUUUUACCGAGCUUGACAAUGAAAGAAGAUAAAGAUCUUUACUCGUCGUACAUUGCCAACUGCGUCUUCAACGCCUGCUCAUCAUAUGCAGCCAUCAUGCUGAACAGUUUAACAAUUUAUGCUCUAAGAAAAACUUCGUCGCUGCCCAAAUCUUUAAAACCACUGCUUAUGAGUCUAGCUGUUUCUGAUUUAGCUGUUGGCUUACUGGCACAACCGUUGUACAUCGCUGUUACUGUCACUGAGUUCGAGGAAAACUCCCAAAGCAAUCGGUAUUUUGAUGUCACUUACAAAGUGUACUUGUUCGUAGUUAAUUUACUUACUUUUGCUUCAUUCUUUGGAGUGAUGGCUCUAAGCGCAGAUCGAUUCUUGGCGAUCCAUCUUCAUCUUAGAUACCAGGAACUUGUGACAUACAAGCGAGUUGUUAUGGUGGUGUUUACGAUGUGGGCUGUUAGCACCAGUCUCGCAACAUUGAGACUGUGUAUUCCAAAAAAUAUUUGCUACCUGAUUUUUUACGCGAUUUACGUUUGCUGUUUCUUAGCUACAACGGCUAUUAACUACAGGAUAUAUGUAACGUUACGACGCCACGCAAACCAGAUUCGAGCUAUGCAAGCCCAGCAAGCACCACAAGAUGGCGAAAUGGCAAAUACAGCAAGUCUAAGAAAAUUUGCUGUCGGAACAUUGCUCGUGUAUCUAGCUUUUGUGAUUUGUUAUUUGCCAGACUGUUGUAGGUUAUUUAUAUUUGCAGUCUCGAAAACCAGUACCUCUAAAGAGAUUUUACGUCUAUACACUUUGACUUUGUGGUUUCUUAACUCGUCUUUGAAUCCCGUGAUUUACUGUUGGAAGAUGAGACCUGUUCGACUCGCUGCCGUAGACAUAUUACGGAAGAUUUUGUGAAGCUAUUGUAGUUCACUAGGUAACUUUCCUGAAUGUGCGGUGUAUUUUAGUAAGAUCACACAGCCAUUGUUAAACUUUUUCUAUCGCACUCUGUCACUGUUAUAAUUGUCGAACUUUGUUAGAAAAUUGUCGCAUUUGUACAGAACACUUGUCUUGUCGCUCUUUGCUGUAUUUGUCGCACAUUGGAAUAACACCUCUCGUAUUAUGUGAUAAAGACAGAAAUAAACUUGAGUGUUAGUUUGUCUUGUUGGCAGAAAUGAAGCUACUAUCUGCUAAACACAGAAAUUCGUCUUUGCAAAAGUCUCUGCAGGAUAGACACAGGUUUUAUUGAAAAAAUAGGUGCCUCUAUAAUGUACUGGCUAGCUGUAUAGUACAGGCCGUAAGAUUUUCUUUUCUCAUGGGUUCUGUAUGUUAAUUAGCCAGAGAAAGAUGAACAUGGCCUACGUCUUUGAACAGAUGUUUGGCAAGAUGGCUAUAGCAGGAGGGAAGGGUGGCUCGAAACGCAAGUAGAUCUUUUCUUUAGCCUUCAUGUGAAUCUCAUUCUCUCCUUCCACUAGUAAACUAAUUAUAAAGAAUUAGCGGCGUUUCCCCUCUCCUCAGUCUCCGAGUGGUAUCAAUGCACGUCAAGUCUGCUCCAUGUAGUACAUUUUAAACCAGAAUGUUCCAACGCUCACAUGCAUUUUGCUUUCCCGGGGCCACUGUUUACUCGUUUUAGUUAAUUAUUUUCUUGUAGAAUGUCUUACCUGGACAUUUUCCCAUUUGAUUAGACAAGUAAGAUUUGAAAGGUACUUGCCCAACAACAAAACUGAUCUGCUUGUCCCGGGCUACCGAACGUGACUUUCUUUUUCAGUAGUGGGUUAAUCUUGACUGAAAUAAUGUUGGUAUUCAGUUCUCAAGAAUUAGUUAUGUUAUUGAAAUCAUUUGUCUUCAUUUGACAAUAAUGCCUUGUUCAUUGUACUAAUCUGCUGCUAAAAGACCUACUCAUUCACCUUCACAGCUAUUCUUUGAGUCAAACAUGACGUAAAUUCCGAAGUGCUGUACUUUCCUGUAGUGUUUCAAGAAAUACUUAGCUUACUGGUUUAGUAUUUGUUUUUUAAUUAUUCUAUGACACACUCAUUUCUCAGGUAAAGCGACAAGUACAAGCACAAACAGAACUCAGAGACGAAGGUAAGUGCGCCAAAGGAGAGGAUGAGCUUACUUUAUGACCUGUUCACUUGAAAAAUACUAAAUUUCACGUUGCAAAACAUAGAAAAACACAUAGUACCAUGUGAAAGUACUGCUAGAGAGGUUCUUUUGAAUGGUUACACCAUAGGAUUUCGUCCACAUUCUCAAAAGUUAAAUAUACGAGACAUGUCUCCAUAGUUGACUGUGGAAAUAACAGGGCUAGCUAUUUCACUUGCAAAAGCUCUUAAGAAAGUUACCACAAAAAAAAAAAUUGUGUUACAAAUUAUGACUUGGUGGUAAGCAAACAGCACAAAUGAAACUACGGCACCUUAGAUUUGAUUUGUUACUUUUUGGCGCUCAAUACGUGCUUGGAAACCGCCUUGCGUAGAAAAUAUUGCACCUUUCGAGUCUUAUUAUGGAUGUAUCAUUUUGUUGGUCCCCAAUAGACCCAAUGCAAAAAUGGCUGCCUGAUUAAUAUUCUAUUGUUUAACAACUGCAUCGCUAAAAUAGAGGUUGGGUGCCUGGAGUAUCCAGGGGUUCCACUAUUAGCAGCCAGCCCCUAGAUUGAAAUAAUGCCCCCAUGACUGGCACAACAGCGCAACCCAGCCAUUAGCCCCUACACGAAAGGAAAGGAACAGGCACCCGUCACACUGAAAACAUCAGUGGAGAAAAAACAACAAAGCCUAGGGGAAGGAGAGGGAGGCGGGGGAGAGAAAACGGCUGUCAGAACCCCACCACGAAGGAAACUGAACGCGCCAAUAAAUCGCGUGAUCUAUGUAGUCAGCUACUGGGCAUGCGCUUGCCAAAGACCGCUGACCUCUGGCACGUAAGGCGCUCUUAGUUGUUAACUCCUUUAAAUUGCAUAUAAAUGCAUUUAAAUUUAAAUUAGCCUGACCAGCCUCGUUCUUCAGUACAAAAUUCAGAAGAAUAUAUUAUCUCAAGCGAGGCUAGUCAACUUACAUGUAAUUUUAAUUUAAACAAAAGAAUAUUAAUCCAGCAGCCAUUUUUUGGGGUCCAUCGGGCUCUUCAAUCCCGUAAUCGCGAUAGUUAUUAUUAGCAUCCCACCUCGCACGCAUACCUUCAACGGUAAUGUAGGAGCCGUUCGCAAGGUGUGUCCUCCAAUCCCGAAUCUCGCCACGAUUUUGCUUUAAAAUCCCGGAUCUCGAAAAACCUUUUAGGGACCCUCCACUUUGUUGCUUCUGUCAGUCGUUGUUUUCUCUUGUCAGCCUCACUGCCUAUGGUAAUUAAUUGUUGAUUUUUUGGAUUUGCUCGUAGGUACAGCAUGGUACAACUACGACAAUGCCAACGACUGUGCCAAUUACUGCCCAGAUCUCCAAGUAAGUACUCGGUGAGCAGUUAGUUGUGGACGGAAGCUGGUAACAAGGUUACCGCUCCUGGGAACGAACUUGUUACUUAUGAUGUAACUUAACGAUGUAGGCAGCUUUUACCUGACGUAUUGCUUAUCAACAAACGGUUAACUGUAACCCUCUGAUCAAUGAACGAUAUAAUCAGUUUGUUCUAUGUCUUAGCUAAAUCUUAGUGAUUUCUCGCUCCAUGAUCGGUCAAUUUUUGGUCCGUGGCGUAAUGUAUGAACCGAAGUUCAAAGGGAACUUAUCUUCCUCCUCCUUUAAUUCUGCUGCUGCAACUAACAAGUCGAUCUCGACAGAAAAAGCCAUCAAGUGAAGUGUAAUUGUAAUUAAUAAGGCGCUUUGGUCUGUUUGCUCCAUUAAUAAUAAUAAUAAUAAUACAAUCAGGCGCAUAUUUCUUGUUGUACUGAAAAAAAAGCUUUGUAAUAAAAUUAAUAUCUUUUAAAAAAUAAGUAUAAUUUUAGCACCCCGUAUAGUGCAUUACUCUUUCUUGCGUGAUAAAUCAUGGACUAGGGACCUUACGAUCCGACAACGUUGACGUCCAUGAAAACGUCGCUGAAAAAUAGACUUCUCAUCACUUUAAACUUUUUGAGAUUAUCCCAAGUCGUUCUGUUACUUAAAAGAAGGGCAUUUAGGUUGGAGCUCACGAGAGUGGAACCGCACCCCGAGAUGGUAGAAUUUAUCCCUUUUCCGUUCCCGUUCUCAAGUUAACUUGGUCAUUUCACGUCGUAGUCGUGCAGGGACGACAAAGAAAUGUAGAGAAAAGCGUGUUGCGCGUGCGGAGUUGUUGAAGAACUCAUUGCACCUAUUGAUUUUUAACGUUCCCGUCGCCGUUGUAGUUUCGUUAGGUCCCUACUCAGGAGUGACAGGCAUACCAAUUUUGUAGUUAACGGUAACGAAUGUAUUCAUAUUAAACACCUUGACUAAAAUUAUCUUUUAGCGAUAGCCACGCCAAUUGAAUUCUUUUGUUCUUUCAGGAGGGUGAUGACGGCGAUGAUGAUGAUGUGUUCGAUGGUGGUGAUCGAUCAGGAGAUGUACCGGGUGGAGAUUUCACCCAAGCAGAGUUUCCCAUGUCUCAGGAUACCACCUUUGGUGACUCCUCGUCCCAGGCUCUUAGCUUCACGAACGAGAGCGUAGUGGAUCAAACGCUCUUUACAGGGGAUGGCCUGGUUGCGCAGCCUAAUAAGGUACUGUCGUACAUCAACUUGUGGACCAAUCAAUGAAUAGGCCAUUUCCCAGUUCCAAAGACUCCCACUUCAAAACGAGGCAAAGUGCAAACCUUUCUUGUAAAAAUGAUUUUUGCAUGAGAUUAGUAUAGGUAAUAGCAUGAUUUGUAGUGAUAUUUCGAAAUUGUUAUACGUAAUUUCACGAGCCGUUAGGCGAGUGAAAUUUGAGACAAUUUUGAAAUAUCACAAGAGUGGUAUUUAUGCCAAAUAUCGCGUACAAAUCAUGCUAUUAUUUGUUUAUACUAUUACCCACACAAGGUUUGUAAUUUUCACAUGUAGGUAUUUCAAAUUAAGCUGAAAUACCACUGCUCUAAGCCAAUCAAAUUGCAGAAAUUUCUCAAGUAGUACUAUAAAAUAAUUAAUUAAAAUCAUUUUUAUAUCAAUGGCUUCGCACUCAGCGUCGCUUUGAAACAGAAGCUCGAGGCAACUAUUACUUUUUCAUUCAUGACACGUAUUUAAAGCCUAAAGCUUAGGGUUAGGUACUUCAUGGAUGGAAAAGUGACAAUGGUUUUGUCAAGGGCUUCGCCUUGUCUGUUUAAUCCUUCUUUCAUUACUUUAGGUUAAUUGUUAAUUGUUCGGAAAGAGCGGGAAAGUUUCCCCGGUGGUGUGGUCUAAAUACCUCUGUUAUUACUUUAUCACACAUGUCUUACAGUAAGCUCUUAAAUUGACCGAUAGCGGCAGCCAGUUUCUUUCUUGCGGCGUAUGCUGACGUCUGAGCUUUCUGUUUAUAUUAUUACAUAAUGCAAAUAGGACACGCACUGUUGUCCUUUCCUCCCCGACUUAUUACAACAUGAUCAUAGCCUCUUGUAUUACCACAAUAGGUUAGAAGAGAUGAAGGGAAACGAAUUUUAUUUUGUUUUUUGUUGCUUUCGUAGUUGUUUUCUGGAAAAUUCCUAAAUAGUACCUUUUUUAGUUAUUAAUUCUAUCGCUUUAUUCUCCCAGGUUCAGAAAAUCGAUAUUGGAUAUGCUAAAACCGCGAAAAAGAUGGACGUGAAAAGGCUAAAGAGCGUUAUGUGGGGUCUUCUCACUGAUAAUAAUCAGGAAAACAAGGUUUGUGAAGGUUUCUUCUUUUGAGUCCCUAUAAGCCAUUUGCACGAUGGCAUCAUUUUACUACUACGACCAAAAUCCUUUUCAUUUUUCCUUUCAUAUUUAAAUUUUGUAAUCCCAGUGAGGUUGGAAUAACAAAUAAAAAGCCCUAAUUAGCACAAGAAAGCAAAACCCUGAAGGAUUCUGGUCGUAGUAGUAAAAUGAUGUCAUCGUGCAAAUGGCCUAUUACAGCCUUACUCUAAAUAACGUUAACUCCUUUUUCUGUUUGAGAUGAUCUUUUUAAAAGUCGUUGGAGGUAGCUUAGACCUAUCUUUUAGCCCAAGAUGCAGAUGCUAGUGAUGAGUACCGAAUUCAAGCUUGAAAAUCUUGUAACUCUACCAUAAGUAAACAGUCAUUAAGAGCCCUAGCCUGUGUCACGCUCUCAGUCAGUGUAGACGAGCGAAAAAAGCGCGCGAGGGGGUGGGGUGGGGUGGACACUUCCUUGCUUAUCCUAAACGGGUAUUUGCCGCCAAAAGAGGUUAUAGUGUUCAUGGUGUGACGCCUUAAGCAGGAUAUACAUCUUUCUGGACCAGAUUCUGAAAAGGUAGUGAUCCUUGGUAAUGCGCGGCCUUAUGUGUAGUGAGGUCUGUGUUUACAAUUGAAAAAAUCUGUUGACUCUCCAAAUUAACGAAACAGAGAAGAUGUUAUAAAUAGGCCUAAUCUCUAAUCGUUAACAGGGAAGUAAGAUGAACGGAUUUUGUCCCAACCAGGAUCAGGGUUUGAAGGCCUUGGCGGUGCAUCCCGUCCCCAAGCAUUGCCCCCUUUCCUUCCCCCCUCGGUAGAGGCCCACUUCUACAUCCACGGAGCAAUCUCCAGGACUCGGGUGAGGACUGAAAUCUCGGUUAACCUUUCAAUUUUUUUUUCACGUGAAUCCAUUGUAAAGGAAUAAUAAAGACGUGUGUUUUCGCUAAAUUGAAGAGCAAGGGUUUAAAGACCAAACGGAUUAAAAAUGUUACUUUGAUCUUUAAUGUGGUGGACCUCUUUGUUCCGCUUGAGCCCUCUUCGUGGAAUAUUACUCUCCCCGGGAAUGUAGUUAAACACCCAAACAAACUGUGCAGCAGUUGCGAUGCAUGCAUCCUCGUUUACCCGAAAACGCUUUUCUCUUCUUGCAGGAAAAUGUUCCUGUAGACCAGCAAAGGAACGAAAAGGAAGAAAGUGGAGUCUCACAAAUUUGCUCGUUCAAAGAACUGUACGAUAAACUGCCUGGCAAACUUUCUAAGAACAUGUCCAAGAACUUGUCAGUAUCCAUCGCUUUUGUUUGCAUUUUGCAUCUGGCAAAUGAGAAGGUAAGCUUUGUUCUUCUAGGUGUACCACUCAGGCAGAUGAUAACUAUAGGUAGCUCUACAAGGGCGUAGCAAAUCCGGGUUUGGUACUUCCUAGAAUGGCCUAUACGGGUAGGCUUCUCUCGAAAGGGGUACCUUUUUUCAAGGGCUAAAAGAUGCAUUUUGUGGCUGUGAAAAAGUCGAGAAAACGUUCUAGUUUGUGAUUCAUUCAUAUUUAAUACAGCAGAAAAAAGGAUGCAAAAUUCGAAUUUGGUUACCCUUUUGUGUCAAAAAUGGUAUAUAAAAGGGUAAGGGGUUGGACCUUGGGGUGGAGCCUUCCCUCGCCCCCAUUCCCCCGUACAAAACUUUGUGGAUUCUCACGGGGAGAGCAAAGGAGUUGGAUGUCAUUAACACGUCGCUUCGGGGUUUAAUGCUGUUUUGGUUCGUUUUCUGUCGUAUUUCUCUGACCAACGCAUACAAAAAGAUACAGAAGAACAAUGGAUUAUGAUUCUGAUUCCGAGUCGGCCUUUUUGGGCGGGCGACAAGUGGUUUUCAUUUUAAAUCACGCAGGGAGUCAUGGGAAGGACCACAACUUCCUCCGCUUCUCAACCACUCUUGUAUCUAAAGUAUUGACUUCCCUUUCGCUAGUAGCACGGUUGUUUUUUCCCCUCUCCAUGAGUUUUCUAAAUAAUUCUCCUCUUAUCAUUUCUGUAUUCUUUUCUUUCCUAGUGUCUAAAGAUGACUGGAGAUCCAGGAAUGUCCGACUUUUUCAUUUCACAGGAUGUAUAAUUUUUCAUACAAGCAAUACAAUAUUAAUCUUAUUUUCCGUUUUUAACAAAUGCUAUUAGACUCGAGAAAGAAGCCUGGAAAAACAAUUUAAUCAUUUCAGG